AUGAACAGUUAUCGAGAAAACUACACGGGUGAUCGUGUGACUAUCAAUAUUAGUGGUGCAAUUUAUCAAACAAGAGAGAGAACAUUAGCGCGUUUUCCAGAUUCUCUUCUUGGAAAUCCAGUGAAAAGGCGUAAAUACUACUGCAGUAAACAACGUCUGUACUACUUCAACCGACACAGACAUGCGUUUGAGAGCAUACUAUACUACUAUCAAUCUGGCGGAAGGCUUGUUAUACCAAGAGAUAUACCAUUAAGACUUUUCUUUGAAGAAGUAGAGUUCUUUGGUUUGGGCGACGAAGCGCUGUGUUUAGUCAGUAAAGGUCUUUAUGCCAGAAAGUUUAAAAUACAAGAUAACUUGAUGCCAGUUUGUGAUACGCAACGCAAGAUAUGGGAGACGUUUGAAUGCCCUGAAUCUUCCAGAGUUGCCAAAGUUUUGAGCAUAUUUUGUGUUGUGAUGAUUGUGCUAUCAAUUGUACUUUCUUGUUUGACUACAUCUGUUUAUUUUCAAGACCAAUUUUGUGUUGAAACAUGUCCUGUGAUAUCGAACCUGAACCAAACAACCAUUAAAGAAUGUUGUGGAUUUAUUUACAAACCAAUUCAAGCAAUUUCCACACUUGAUUUGAUCUGCUAUUGUUGGUUUUUGAUCGAAUAUUUUUGCCGUUUCCUUUCUUCACCUUCCAAGAAACAAUUUAUGUUGUCAUUUUUAAACUUCAUUGAUAUACUGGUGAUAAUGCCAUUUUUCUUCACACAUUUUAUUAACACAGAAGGAGUGAAUUCCCUCUCAAGUUUGUUGGGUGUAGCUAAAUUACUACGCCUGGCUCGUAUUAUAAAACUGUCUCGAUACUCGCGUGGUCUCAAAGCACUUGGCUCGACAUUAUGGGCGAGUUUUCGUGAACUUAAGAUGAUGAUGAUGUUUCUUUUAAUGGUGGUGGUUGUGUCAUCGUGUCUUGCGUAUUUGGCUGAGAUGAAACAUCCUGAAGCAGUGAUCAAGACAGUUCCAGAUGGUUUUUGGUGGUCACUUACCACAAUAACUACUGUGGGAUAUGGAGACUAUUACCCCGUGACUGGAGAAGGCAAGCUGAUUGGCUGUUUCUGUACGAUUCUUGGAGCGCUCGCAUUUUCACUGCCGGUCAUCGUAUUUGCGGCCAACUUUCGUACGUGCUACAAAUCAGAUGAUUCUAUAAGCGCUGAAUAUCACCGCAAUCUCAAACGUCAGGCGUACAACAGAUGGUAA